GUUUUUACUUUUAAUCAUAUUAUUUCGAAUUCUCAAUAUUGUAUUUCGAAUAUGGCUGUGUACAAUUUUCUUCUACCGGGACGAACAUUCGUUGUUAAUGGGUUCAGAAGUCUUUUGAUUUCAAGAGUUCUAGUAAGAUAUCAGUCCAAUGAUAACAUUCAUCAGAAAGAAGAAGAACAUAAAUCAUCAAAUGAGGAAACUGAAGAAGAGUAUGAACAAAAAACAAAGAGGAAAAUCCUUAUUGCAUCGAUGAAUUUUGUUCCAGAGUUAGGAUGGAGUCGACAAGCUAUUAGUGCUGGUGCUGAAUCUAUUGGUUAUCCUGGCAUAAUUCAUGGAAUGUUUCCGAAUGGCGGCGCUGAAUUAGUUGCACAUUUUUAUUCAACUUCCAAUAAUGAAUUGAAUCAAAUUCUGAAAGAAAAAUAUGAGACAAUUCAAGCAGAUCCUGCAAAAAAAGUAGAAAAUCCAAGAGAACAGAUCAGUUAUGCUAUGGAAACCAGGCUUAGAAUGAUAAUACCUUACAAAAAAAAUUGGUCCCAAGCAAUAGCACUUAUGACACUUCCACCAAACGUUCCAACAUCACUAGCAAAUUUAGUUACAUUGGUCGAUGAUAUUUGUUAUUAUACUGGCGAUAGAUCCAUUGAUAUCACUUGGUAUACUAAGAGAGUAGUAUUAGCAGGUAUUUAUAAAACAACAGAAUUAUAUAUGCUUCAAGAUAACAGCAAUGAUCAUGAACAUACGUGGAACUUUUUGAAAAGACGAAUAGAUGAAGCUGAUCAAUUGCAUAGAAUUAUAUCUGCAACUUCAGAUUUACAACCAGAACAGACUUUGAAACAAGUAAAAGAAAUAGCCAGUGCUACUAUAAUCACUGCACGUAAUAUACUUGGAUGGAAUGUGUACAGAUAAGUUUUUUAAAUGAACUAGAAUUAAUAUGCAGUAUCUGUAGAUAAAUUUAAUUCAAAUAUUUCUUAUAAGGAUUACCUGGAUUUGUAACAUACGAAUAACUUACAUUAUAUUGAAAAAAAUUUUGCUUAUCAUUAUCACUGGUCUUAAAUUGUAAACACUUUUUUGUACAGUUUUAUAGAUACAUUUUAAUAUAAAUUUAAAAUGUUGUUUUAAUUUGUACUUCUCAUUUUAAUUUGAACUAUUUAAAUCAUUUAAAUACUCAUUGAAAUGCUCUACGUAUACGUUUAUAUUUAAUAAAUAAAUAAAUAAAUAAAUAAAUAAAGUUAAACGAAGGUUAUGUAAUAAUCUAUAAAUUACUAUAUAUGAGAGAGAGAGAGAGAGAGAGAGAGAGAGAGAGAGAAAAUGUGUGUAUACGAUAUUGUUUAUGCCAUAAUAUACGUAUAAUAUAAGUAUAUGUUUGAUAUAGAAAUUAACAAAAAUAUAAAAUAAAUUUGCAUAA